AUGUUGUCCAGGACCACCCUCAAGUUCUUAUAUUUGAGCUUCUUCGUUAUCUCAUCCGUUAAUGCUGCAAAUGAGGAUGAAAAGAAAAAGGAGGAAAAAAAAGAUGUUGUUCUUGAUGUUACUCUCACUUCAUGUGAGAAUGUAACCUUUAAAAACGUCGACUCUAACACCACUGAGUUAACUGUCGCGGAUGGCUACCGUUUCAAGACCCUUAAGGUCGGAGACAAGACCUUGUUCAAUGUUGACACCUCAAAACAUACCCCAGUACAGGCAUUCAAACUUAAGCAUGAAUCCGAUGAGUGGUUCAGACUUAAUCUUCACCCUGCCCAGCCAAAGAUGUUCAAGAAGAAGGGAGACAAGGAAUAUUCUGAGGUCAAAUUCGAGACCUACUACGAUGAUGUCUUGUUCAAGGGAAAAUCCGCCAAGGAACUAGAUGCUUCCAAGUUCGAAGAUACAUCUUUGUUCACCUCCUCCGCCUUCGGCACUGGAAAGAUGUACACCUUUAAAAAGGAAUUUAAACCUUCCAAAGUCACCUUCGACAAGAAAGAAGUCGGAAAACCAAACAAUGCCAAGUAUCUUGAAGUUGUUGUUUUUGUUGGUUCUGAUUCCAAGAAGUUCGUCAAACUCUACUACUUCUAUACCGGUGACUCAAGGUUGAAGGAGACCUACUUCGAGCUUAAGGACGAUAAGUGGGUUCAAAUGACACAGGCAGAUGCAAACAAGGCCUUGAAUGCCAUGAACUCAUCCUGGUCAACCGAUUACAAACCAGUUGUCGACAAGUUCUCCCCCCUUGCAGUCUUCGCCUCAGUACUCAUCGUCUUCUCAUCAGUCCUUUACUUCCUUUAA